AUGAAGUUUUCGACCACCAUCCUCAGCGCAGCGCUGCUCACAACAUCAGCCAUUGCCGCUCCUCUCACCGAACGCCGCGCAGCACGCCAUGCUGCCCGAGCCGAGGGCCGAGCUGGCCGUAUCAGCCGUCCGGCUUCUAAGCCAGACACCCCGGAGCUUAUUAGUCUAAAUGGGACAAGCCAUGCGCAGUACAGCUCGAACUGGGCCGGUGCUGUGCUUAUUGGCACCGGAUACACCUCAGUCACCGGAGAAUUCACCGUUCCCAAGCCGACAGUCCCCUCGGGCGCUUCGUCCAACGAGCAGUCUUGUGCCUCUGCCUGGGUCGGUAUUGACGGCGAUACUUGCAGCCAGGCCAUCCUCCAAACCGGAAUUGAUUUCUGCAUCGAAGGAGGCGAGGUUUCGUACGAUUCCUGGUACGAGUGGUACCCGGAUUAUGCCCACGACUUUUCCGGCAUCGACAUCUCCACUGGAGAUGUGAUUAAGCUCACUGUCACGGCUACUUCCAAGAACUCCGGUUCCGCCGUCAUCGAUAAUGUGACUACAGGCAAAUCUGUCACCCACACAUUCACCGGUGUUGAUGAUGGAGACCUCUGCGAGACAAACGCUGAGUGGAUCGUCGAGGACUUUGAAAGUGGCGGCGAGUUGGUUCCCUUUACCAACUUUGGAACUGUGACAUUCACAAAGGCAGAGGCCACAUCUGGCGGCAGCACUGUAGGCCCAUCUGGAGCCACUCUCUUCGACAUCAGACAAAGCCAGAGCGUCUUGACCAAGUCUUCUGUUACCAGCGAUAGUGUUACCGUGAGCUAUGUCUAA